CCCUCGGGCGCCGCAGUGCGCCGGGCCCGAGCGGAGCCGGAAAGAGCCGGAAAGAGCCGAAGCGGAGCCGAGCGCCGGCGAAGCGGGAGGCGGAAAGAGCCGAACGGCGGGGACGGAGCGGGGCCGAAAGGAGCCGAAAGGAGCCGAAGCGGACCCGCCUGAGGGUCCGGCCAUGCCUUGAAGCGGCUCCUCAGACCCGUCCCGGGCUCUUCCUCCUCGUCCUCCUCAUCCUCGUCCUCCUCCUGCGGCGGGGGAGGGGCCCAUGGGCCGGGCAGGGGGCUGAGGGGGCCGGAGACGCUGAACGGGGCCCGAACUGGGCUGAACUGGGCUGAACUGGGCCCAACUAGGCCGGAGAAACCAGAGCCGGGCCGAAAAGCGGCGAAGUUGUCCGGAAAGAGCCGAAGCGGGCGAGGAAUAAGCGAAGUGAGGACGGAGCUGUACGGAAAGAACCGAACCGGGCCGGAAAGAACCGAGCUGGGUCGGAAGUAAGCGAAGCGGGCCGGAAGUAGACGAAGGGAGCCCGGGGAGGGUCGGAAAGAGCCGAACGAGCGCGAAGGGGGUCGGAAAGAGCCGAAGCUGUCCGGAAAUUGCCGAAGUGCCGCCAUGUUGCUGUCGCUGCUCCUCGGGCUCCUCGAGGUUUCGGGGGCGCUGGGGGGCUGCGUGGAGGUGGCCUCGGGCACCGAGGCCGUGCUGGGCGCGCCGUUCCGGCUGCUCUGCAUCGCCUGCAAGCGCCGCAGCGAGACCCCGGCCGAGGCCGAGAGCGAGUGGUUCUUCCGGCCCGAGGGGGCCCCCCACUUCGAGAAGAUCCUGCACUACAGCCCCGAGGAGGGCGAGUGGGUGGCCCCGGGCCCGUUCCUGGGCGUGCUGGCCUGGAACGGCUCGCGGGGCACGCGCGACCUGCAGGACCUGUCGGUGUGGCUGCGCGCCGUGCAGCGCGGCCACGCCGGGCACUACGUGUGCCGCCUGAAACGCAACCUGACCUUCGAGGGCUACACCUACAGCCUGGCCAGGAACCAGACCCUGCGGCUGGCCGUGGUGGACAAAGCGCGGCGGGACCUGGCGUCCAUCGUGUCCGAGAUCCUGAUGUACGUGCUGAUCGUGGUGCUGACGCUCUGGCUGGCCGCCGAGAUGCUCUACUGCUACCGCAAGGUGGCGGCCGCGGCCCCGCCCCCCGACAGCGCCUCGGAGUACCUGGCCAUCACCUCGGAGAGCAAAGAGAACUGCGGCGGCGUCCAGGUGGCCGAGUGACCCCGAGUGACCUCUGACCCCUGAGUGACCCCUGAGUGACCUCUGACCCCUGAGUGACCCGGAAUGACCACAGAGUGACCCCUGGAUGACCCCUGAGUGACCCCUGAGUGACCACUGACCGUGAGUGACCCCUGACUGACCCUGAGUGACCCCUGACUGACCUCUCGCCCCUGAGUGACCUCGAGUGACCCCUGACCCUGACUGACCCCUGAGUGACCUCUGAGUGACCCCUGAGUGACCCCUGAGUGACCUUUGACCACUGACUGACCCUGACUGACCCCUGAGUGACCUCUGAGUGACCCCUGAGUGACCCCUGAGUGACCUUUGACCACUGACUGACCCUGAGUGACCCCUGGGUGACCUCUGACCCCCAGGCCCCCCCCUGCAAUAACCCCCCCGGGGGGGACCCCCCGACCCCUCCCCCACCCCCGACCCCGCAUGGCCCCUCCCCCAACCCCAAAUUUGGGGGGAAAAAAAAUCCCAAAAUUUGGGGGAAAAAAGCUCGAAAUUUGAGGGAAAGAAUCCCAAAAAUUCGAGGAAAAAAAUCCCAAAAUUUGAGGGAAAAAUCCUAAAAAUUGAGAGAAAAUUCCCCAAAAAAUUGAGGAAAAAAUCCCAAUGUUUUGAGGAAAAAAAUCCCAAAAUUUGAGGAAAAAAAUCCCAAAUUUGGGGGGAAAAAAAUCCCAAAAUUUGAGGAAAAAAAUCCUAAAAAUUGAGAGAAAAUUCCCCAAAAAAUUGAGGAAAAAAUCCCAAUGUUUUGA